CGCAAAAUAUUCUGCACAAGAUGGCGGAAAUGUUUUGAAACGAAUGUGAUUUUUAGGGCAUUUAAAAACUAAAAUGCAUGUAACUGAGUACGUGGUUUUGUUAUUUCCCGAACGAAAAUGAUGGGGGAUGGUCUAAAUUUACAAGAGAAAUAUCAAAAGUUGGCCACAGAGUUCGCUAAAGUAUGUUAAACAUCGAAUCAAAACAUUUUUAUGUGAUAAUUGAUUAAUUGUCACUUGUCAUUAUCUGUUUAAUGUAUGUUAUAGCUAAGGGCACAGAAUGCUGUCUUGAAGAAAGCUGUAAUUGAAGGUCAAGACUCACAAAAAACUUUAGAGGUAUAAAGUAUUUCGUAGGGAUCACAACCCCCUGUGAAUAAUCGCAUUUUUCUGUCCAGAAUUCUAAAAUAUUCUAUUUCCCUGUACACCACUAUGAUUCUAUGUUAUCGUUUAGUAGACAAACUCUAUUGCCCAAUGGCCUCAUAGCUCAUUAAAUCUAUAGUUCCCAAAUUCAUCCUACUCUCUUAUUUACUCAGAUAUUUUCUACCAAUUUUUUAUCAUUUUGUAGGAACGGUUAAAACAUCGAGAACAAACCAUCAGAAAAUAUGAACAAGAGCUAGAUAGUCUACAGUUUCGGAAUGACCAGGUAAUAUUUCUAGAUAUUUUUAGUUGCUAAAAAUGCACAAGACUCUUAUCUUGUUUUUUGAGCAAAUUUUCAAUCAAAUGCCCCACCGUCGGGCAAUAAAUAUUGGUCAAAUGCCCCACUAUUUUGCAAUAAAUUGCAAUAAAUACUAUAUUAAUAAAGGUUAAUUGGUUCAAAUUGCCCCAACUUGGGGCCAAAAUGCUGAUCAAAAUCCCCAGGGUGGGGAUGCAAUUGAUGAUCAAAUACCCCACAUAUGCCCGACCCCCCCCUCUGGGGGUUAGCAUUGAUAGGUGCAUUAUUACCAUAGAUAUCUUACAUAUAUACACUAGAUAGCGCAUCUCUUUUAGUAAAAUUGAAGCCAAGAAUAUUCCCAUGUUGGUAGUUCCCACUCGCUAAUAAAUGCUUAAAAAACAACAAUAACUUUCAUCAUUUGAAUAGUUUAAAAAUGUACUUGGAAUAAGUUUAACUUAAUGUUUAAGUUCCCUGUUUAAGAAAUAGAAAACAUACGCAUCUUCUCAUUUCAUGGGAAUAUCCUGAGUCUGCAAUCACGGCUUCAAUUUUUGAAUUGCAGAAUAAUUAGAUGCACUAUCUAGUGUAUAUAAGAUAUCUAUGGUUAUUACCUAGCCUAGAAAGUUUUCAUUGUGCAGCUUAGACUCGGCUGUCACUUUUUGUCCUGGCUGCGGCCAGACACAUAAUUUUAAAUGCCUUGUGCCGCAGAUGCACAGAAAUAUGCGCUCAGCUCGCAUGCAAAAUAACUAAAAAUGGAUAUAAAUCAAGCGAAAAUUAUGUUACAUCUGGCUGCACAAAAAUUACGGCUCUGGUCUGGCCUGGCCACACAAUUUUUUUCGGAACUACGAUCUCAGCUGUGCAUUUUGCAAACUUUCCAGUCUGGGUUAUUACUGUGUACAGUAGCUUGUAUUUGAAUACAGUUAUAGUGAUAAUUGUUCAUUUAACAGUUGUCCAAGAGGGUUGGGAUUCUCCAAGAUGAGCUGGAUAAUGCAUCUACAUCUACCAAAAGCAAAACUACUAAGGUACUACAGUAUAUAUCUUAAAAUUAUACAAUUACAAUCAAAUGUUUACCUACAGAUAAGGUGUAAAAAAAAAUACCUGUAGUUCCGGUUUCAUACUGCGAAAAAAUUAGGGUUGGUAGGUCGGAAAUAAUUUUUUAAAAAAGUUUUUUUUCAUGGUUUUUUCAAUAAAUAGUGUGACAACAGACGCCAUUUUGGCAGCAGCCUGCAACCACCCGGAGAAAAUAGGGUUGCACGGUCAAUCGUGUUGAAAAAAUUAUAGGGUCAGCAGAAAAAAAUUGGGUUGGUCGGGAACCGGAACCACAGGUAUUUUUUUUUAUGCCUAAGGCAAAAAUCAGCCCAAUACUGACAUCAGUCGGUCAAUCACCAUACCAUGCCACACCUUCGUACCAAUAUCCAAAAUGUUCCAGUGCUCUUCCUUUUGACAAGUAAAAUUGUCUGGGGUUAGCCAGGAAAACAAAUUAAGUAUAUAUGGUGUAUUUGGGAGGCAUAUGGCAGAAUACUGUUUUGUCUUUUCUCGUAAACAUCUCUUCUUUAAAGAUCCUAUAUUCUCAAUUUUGUUUUUUUGAAAUUCAUUGAUUUAUAAUCUUGGAUGUUAUUAGCCAACAAAUACAAAUCCAUUUGCUAACAAUGUGGCUGCCGAGGAAUUGCAAUUGAAAAUUGAUGAAAAUGCUAGACUACAAAGAGAGGUAACAUUAAACUGGCAAAGCAUAGUAUGUACAUAUCAUUACAGUGGGUAUUCUGAGGUCAGGAUUGCAGAGCUGCCAAGUUCGGAAGAUAAAAAUGUGUGACCAGGGCCAUUGCGAGGACUUUGCCUUUGGGGGGGGGGAGAGGUUAGAGGGUUAGGUUUACCGCCUGAAUUGUUUCAAUUCACCUGAUUUUGCGUCGCCCGCGAGGCGCCAUCAUGGUUAGCGCCAAGCAAAAAUUUUUGAAAAUUUGAAUUCUCUAGACCGUCGGAAAUAGCAUUCUUAGAGUCUUUCCUACCCAAAAUUUCAAUGUUUUACUACUGCCUAACAAUGAAGAUAAAUAAAAUAACUACUGAUCAAUAUGACAGUGUUACUUACAGUUUAAUGUGACUAGGAAAAUUGCGAAAAUUUUUUGAAAUUUGGAGUCUCCAGAUCGUCAGAAAGCAUAUUUGGCCAUGUACAGCAUGUCACGAUGCGUCUGACGCUAAUUCUAACGUUGUUAACUCUAAUUCUACAUUUGCACAAAGCGUUGUCAAUGAGUUAUUGUACGAAAAGUGGGAUAGCGUCAUGCAAUGGUAAAAAUGCGUAACUUUAAGAUCAUUUUAGUUAUGCGUGUGGGACAGCGGGAACAACGGCAGAAUGCGUAACUUUCACGCGAAAUGCAGGAACCUGUCUGUUGUGAAGGGGAGCUGUGGGCUGCCCUGAAUAAAAUUCAUUUGCCAUCUGCUCUAGUUUUGCCCUCACAUUUAAAUUUAAGCAAUUUAACUGUGUGUAAUAGAGAGGUGUUCUCUAUUAGAACGGCGUCCAUAAACUGAGAUUUAACUCUGAUUUAUAAUUUUAUCAGCUCUUUGAAUCAAACCAGAAGCAUCGAGCAUCUGUAUUGGACCUUCAAGAAAAACUAGAGUCUUAUGAAAAGUAAGUAGUGUGAGUAUAUACUGUAACUAUGCAGCAAAACCAAGGCAUAGCCAUGGGGGACCUUUCGAACUGAGGGACUUUCAAAAGUGUAACCUUUUAAUAUUUUCAUCUAUGACAUAAAAUAUACCAAAUAAGUAAAAAUAGAAAAAUUUUCUAUUCUGUUUUUUUAUCUUUUAUAGAAAUUCAGCAAGUCAUCAGAGAAUCAUUGAUGAGAAUAAUGAGAAGUAUAAGAUCACUGUACAAAAAUUGCAAGAAGAAAAAGCAAUGCUUGAGGUUUUGUAAUUUUCAUAACGUUUCAACAUAGGCAACAUUAAUUUAGGCUGUCAGAUUUUCAGGCAUGCUUAAUGUUCACUUUGACAAAAUUUAAUGUAAUAUUCUCAUAUUUUAGGCAAGAUUGCAAAAAUGCCUUGAGGAGCUCAAGACUGUUUCCAUAAAAGCGGAGAAAAGGUAACUGUACAAUUGGGAUUCACAAUAGAUUUUGCCAGUGGGGGAUUCAAGGGGGGGGGGGGUGCGUACCCCCUCCCCAGGCUCUGGUCAACAGGGGUGCAGGGUGUGUGUGCAAAAAUGACGUUUAUCCUAAUUCUAACCAACUUAUGUUAAGGAAUUCAGUUGCGUAUCACUAGUUGACAAUAGCGGAAUAGCCAAUAUUAAAUAUUCUGAAUUUUUAAAUGUUUUGAGAAUCUAAAAAUUUUCCAGAAUGUUUUCUCAGAAUGCUGGAAAUGCCAUUUCAGAGACCCAAAUUUUAAAAAUUUUCCAGGGGAGUAUGCCCCGGACCACCCUAGAAAUCUCUAGUAUACUCCCCCGGACCACCCUAGAAAUCUUGCGCCUUUGGCGCUCAUUUCGCCAUUGGUUAGCACCCCUCCAAAAAAACUUUGCUUUAUCCACCACUGGAUUUUGCCAGAAUUGGGAUUGACUUUAUACUCUCAUCAAGCCUCGAAUUUCCCUGGAAUCAAUCGAUGGCAAUGGUGUUAAAAAUUGCCGUAGAACGUAACAGCUGUCUACGGCAAUUUUGGCAGUUUCCACGGCAUUUUUUCAAAUUACUGUAAUACGUUCAUUGUUACUUUGGAUUGUUGACAAGCUAGAAACAUGUUUACGUAUUUCUUUAGUGUUUUUUUUUCGAAGAAAACUGAGACUAAAAUAGUGAUUUACGCAUGAUUUGAUCAACAUCUGAAUUCAAGUAUCAAAAUAGUAAUGCACAGUGAAUUGUAUAAAAAUUACACUAUACGGCAAAAAAUUGCCGUCGUUGCCGCAAUGAUCCACGGUAUUUUGUUCUCCCUCUACGGCAAUUGCCGCGAUAAAAUUCAAGCCCUGACCCUCAUAGUAUUACUGUCCUCUGUCAUUUUGCAAAAUAGUCAUAGAAUUUUCUAUUUAUAGUGAACAACAAGCACAUGUGUUUAACAAGAAACUAGCUACGAAAUAUGGUACUUAUUUGUUCUGUAUAUAUUAAAUACUACACUACAGUGUGUUACUUGUUAUGACAUUAUAUUUCAGAAACAAAUAACAAUUUAUUCUCAUCAUAUUUUACUAGAAAUUGCAUCGAGAAUAGUUUCGGAGAAAAUCAAUUUCAACGAUACGAGUAAGUUAAUAUUAUUAUUAUAAUAAGGAUCGUUUAAUGAAAAAAGAGUUGGACGAAGAAGUAAAUCCGACAAGAAACUUUCUUGAUAAUCUUAUUAAUGUGGUUAUUCCAAUACAUUAGUGAUUGUUAACCCAAGUAGUUUGCAUUCAGUUAGUUACCAACUCAACUUGGUGACCAUUGAGUAAAAGAGGCUGGUGGGUGAGGUGUUGAUUUCGACAAAAUGAAAAUUGAAUUUCCUUACAUUUGUCAUAAUUCAGUUGAAGUUUAUUUGUAGGAGACCAACUAGCCAUUUUGUUUACUGCAACUUGAAUUUGACUGGCACACCCUCUUGGUAUAAUUUCUGAUUCCGUAGUGUCGUCAACAUAUUUCCAUGGAUCCACUUCUGGAGCUGUGAGGUCGUUGAUCAUCAAUAAGAAGAGCCAGGGACCCAGCUUAGAACCUUGGGGAACUCCGCUAGGAACAGCUUUCCAUUCGGAAUAACAAUCAUUCACCAAUUUAAUACUAACAUUGAUUUCUAUCAGUUGAUAUCAGUUCUAUCAGUGAUUGAAACACAAAAUCAAGUUAUUAGGUAUACCACUCAUAACCAAAACAAGAAAACACAACAACAACAACAACAACAACAACAACAACAACAACAACAACAACAACAACAGCAACAACAACAGCAACAACAGCAACAACAGCAACAACAACAGCAGCAACAGCAACAACAACAGCAACAACAACAACAACAGCAGCAGCAACAACAACAACAACAGCAGCAGCAGCAACAACAGCAACAACAACAACAGCAACAACAACAACAACAACAACAACAGCAACAACAACAACAACAACAAACUCUUCUAUAAAGCCCCAGUCAAAUGAAAAUGAGAAUCUGGAAGUGAGUUGAUGAGAUUAAAUUAUAUCAUUUACUGGCAAACGAACAGAAACCCUUAUCACCUCUAUUCAAAAUUUGAACCAGUUGAAAGUUGAUGGAGAGUCCAUGAGAGUUAGCGGUCUAACUUUCAGCCACUCUAAUAAACUUUUGUCCUUGCUUGACUCUGGCCUUAGCCCAGGAACGUCGCUACAGGAUGUGUGGGGAGGGGGGGUCAAAGUUGGUCAAAGUUGGUCAAAGUUGGUCAAAAUGGAACUAAUAUUUGCUUAAAAUUGAAGGUCAAAGUUGGUAAAAUUUGGUCGAAGUUUGAGAUAAAAGAUGGUCAAAGUUAUGAAAUCGUUUCAAUUUUAACAAUUUCUAAGCUUUGGUCAUGUAUGUGCUGAAACAAUUGCAAGCCUUGCUUAUUUUGGUUGAAAAAUAUUUGAAGCUUUAGUCCGGAAAAUAUUUCGACACCCCUCCCCCCCGUCGACAACAUUUUCGGGAAACAUUUCUACUACUUCGCCAAAAUUCUAGGAAAAGUUGGUCAAAACAUGACGACCCCCCCCAAUGUUGAUGUCUUAACGACGUCCCUGCUUUAGCCUUUAGUUGUUCAUUGCAAUUACCCUUCGUUCUCCAUUUUGUUGUGUAACUGAAGGGGAGACCGUAUUUUACUUUUUCAGAUUUGAAGGACUUGAAUAAACUCAAUGUGCCUCCACAUGACCGCAAGCGUCAGGUACGUCGGCUCCCAAUUUGUACGAAAAUUUGAAAAGCAUUAAAUUUUAAUUUUAAUUGCAUGUCUGACUCUUGAAAAUGUUUGUAGGUGAACCAAAUUUUCUUUUAAUUUUGUGCAUUUUAGAGUAAAAUUAAGAAACUUGUCAGCGAAGCGUUGGAUCUUCUCAGGAUUUUUCUUGCCGGACUUUCUGACUAUCAUACUUACAUGGAACAGGUACUUGAGCUGGCCAUUAAUAAAUUCCUUUAUCCAUAAUUAUAGUUUUUUAAAAAAAAUUCAUAUUGCAUUAAAUUCUUGCAAUUAAUUGCAGAGAAUCAGAAUUUUGUUUGAUGAACCGACAGAUAUUAGUCGUAAGGUAAGUUGAAACAUUCCAAAUAGUAACCCUUUAAGUGGCAAUGCACCCUCAUGCGCCCUACUUUAGUAUUUUACUCUGUCUAACACCAGACGAUUUUACUCAUCAAGUGGAGAGUGCUGCCACUCAAUGGGUUGAUAGGAAAACGUUGUGAGAAAAUAAAUGAAUGAUGAUGAUAGGUGGGCAAGUGAUGUUUCUUUUCAUAGCUUUGUGAACAUCUUCAUCAAAAUGCGAUGAUUUUACGAAAUGUUGAACAAAGUUUCAAUAACUUCAGCUGUCAAGUGACCAAGGACGUUUUACUUACACUGGUAAGAUGGUUUUAGAGAAUCUUUGUAUGUAAGACUUUGCUUAUGGUACAAUGCUAAGCCACUUAAAUGUCAGGGUGUGGGGUUCAGUCUUUGAAGGGCAAUACGGCUUCUCGUGCUGUAUAUAAUUACAUAGAAUAAUCUAGAAAUUGAUUGAAGAUUUAAACUUUUGAACAGGAAACAGCAAGUGGUUUUGAAGAAUUCUCAGAAGCUUUCCAUCAAUACUCGAGUUAUCUACAGAAAAUAUUAUCAUACCAAACUUUAUGGUAAUUUCAUUUUUUUUAUUCUUCUUGGAACGAAAAAAAUGGGACAAGCCUGGAAUUUCACAUUCCUUCGAUAUUAAUGAUUCAGAUUAUAAUACUGUUGCACUACUGCAAAGGUUCUUUCGAAAGAUUACAUUAUAUAAAGGGAGCAUUUUAUAAAUAAAGCAUUUUUUAAUAAAGCUUCAAUAAAACUGAAAAGGUGACAAUGAUUUAUCUCUGUCUCAACACACAGAGAUAAAUAUUUGUCACCUUUUCAGUUUUAUAGAAGCUUUAUUACAAAGUGUGGACCUUAAGCAACACAUAGAAUUUUAAUUCUCAAAAGGUUUCAGAGGUGUAACUUAACACUUUCCCAGGGCAAGUGAAUAUCAUGACGGGCAAGUAAACGUUAUGUUUUCAUUGUCGGAUAAUUUUUUUAUAACGCAUGUACUAUACAUGUAUAGCACGUUUGGUUUUUGGGGGCCAAAGCUAGAUGGGGAGAACGGGUCGACAUGUUGUCCCCUUAAUAUAUACCCCCUACCUAGGUACCCCAGUGGCAAUUGUGUGAUGGCAAGUGAAUUUUAUUCGGGGCAACUAAUUUUCAUGACCAACUUGCCCUGAGGGCAAAUGGUCAAAAAAGUAAAGUUGCACCACUGAAAUAUUUUUAUUUCUGGGAUCCUAAAUUUUGGGGUCAAAGUUUUCUGCCAUAUCAUUUAAAAUGCACCUGUUAGCAUUAUGCAAUGCCCUAAAAUGUUCUGCCAGCUAAGCCAGGUCUGAAAAUUUCCUGGGAUCCUGGAUGCCUGGAUCCAUCAUUAAUUCCUGCUAAAUAUGGUAACCAUUAUGUCACCAACACAUUUGUGUCACCAGUUGUUACAUCAACUUGAUAUUUUCUUGCUUCAGUACCAAGGAGGAAUGUUCCAAACCAACAUAUUCCGCUUCAAUGGAACAACUGAGUUUGGCCAUGCUGAAAGCAUUUGCGAAGUUUGUCGCCGUCAUUAGUGAACUAGACACGUAUUUCAGACUUCUAGCUUCUGCAGGUACAUUAUAGAACUAACUGGGCAUGUAAUCGAUGAUGGGGAGGGGGGGGGGGGGGAUCCUAAUUAUAUAUAUUUGGGGGACUUUGGGGGGGGGACUUGACGCCCUAUACCCACGAUUUUCGGGAGAGCUUUGACCGGCUCUUCAUAUUCAGUUUUUGAGAGCCAAGGAAUGAGAGAAGGACUUGUUCAUCCCAGCAGUGAUCGUAUUGUCUUUGACGAUUAUUGCGUAUAUCUCUAUAGCGUUGUUUGUGAUGUUACUCUGAGUGUGUAUCCACACCGGGCAGGCUGAAAAGUUUGCCUGACCAUGGUGGGAAUCGAACCCGCGAUCAUUGGGAUACUAGUCCAAUGCUCUACCAAGUCCAAUGCUCUACCAAGUCCAAUGCUCUACCAAGUCCAAUGUUCUACCAAGUCUAAUGUUCUACCAAGUCUAAUGCUCUACCAAGUCUAAUGUUCUACCAAGUCUAAUGCUCUACCAAGUCUAAUGUUCUACCAAGUCUAAUGCUCUACCAAGUCUAAUGUUCUACCAAGUCUAAUGCUCUACCAAGUCUAAUGCUCUACCAAGUCUAAUGUUCUACCAAGUCUAAUGCUCUACCAAGUCUAAUGUUCUACCAAGUCUAAUGCUCUACCAAGUCUAAUGUUCUACCAAGUCUAAUGUUCUACCAAGUCUAAUGUUCUACCAAGUCCAAUGCUCUACCAAGUCCAAUGUUCUACCAAGUCUAAUGCUCUACCAAGUCCAAUGCUCUACCAAGUCUAAUGUUCUACCAAGUCUAAUGCUCUACCAAGUCUAAUGCUCUACCAAGUCUAAUGCUCUACCAAGUCUAAUGCUCUACCAAGUCUAAUGCUCUACCAGCUCUUUGAGUUGGUGAUAUGUUGACCUCGUAGCUCAGUUGGUACAGCAUUGGACUAGCAUCCCAAAGGUCGCGGGUUUGAUUCCCAACGUGGUCAGGCAAAUGUUACUCAUGCACACUCAGAGUAACAUCACAAACAUCAUAUUCACCUGAGUACAUAACACCAACACACACAAAAAGUAUCUCUAUAGCGUGUUUUUCGUUUUCUUCUAUUUACACAGGUUCAGACGGGCUACUUAGCUCCAAUGCUGCGAAAGUUUUUGCGUUGCUUGACUCGACUGCUGAGAAGUUUCACAAAAUAGUAAGAGGUUAGUUGUUCUAUUUAUUAACUUUACAAUCAUACAAAAGUGUUAUAAAAUUUAUAACAGUGAUUGAAGGUAUGGUUAACAGGACAUGAGUCCCAUAUGAAGGAGAUCCAUGGUUCAGUAGAUCUACUUUAUGUAACAUGUGAUCUGGUGCUAGAAUAUAGGAAAGUAAAUAAAUAAUUUCACUCGUAUCUUUUCUGUAGGCCUGUCAACUGCUUUUCAUUCCAAGAAAAUGGUUGAACAUCAGACUCCUACCACAACACAGGUAAAAUCUCAGCUUUUUGUGAAAAGAAUUUAGAUAAGCAGGAACGCAGAGCUUGGUAAUCCAAUAAAUCCAUAACAGACCGUACUACAGUACGUGAAGUCCUCAAACGAGUUGUCUGCUAUGAUCCGAAUAUUAUUCAUGGAUGCAUUAGAUCCGACGUUUGAACUGUACAUUUUAAUACAAUUUUAGACUCUGAAAAGCACCGACGAAUGUUUGGAAACAUGUCUUGCCUCAUUAGUAACGUCAUCUUCAAAGGUAAGGCAAAAAUCUUGAUAUACUAUAGCCCCGUUUACACCACGCUCAAUGUUUGGUACGGCACGGAUAAAACUGGUUUCCGUAAACCCGUACCAAAUUUAUCCGUGUUCCGCCUUUGUAAAUGGUAGUCCAAGCGCGGAUAAAAAGGGUACCGGUGCAAAAUUAAGCGUAGUGUCAACGGCCCUAUAUGUCAUCGUCCAUUCCAACACUUUCUGUUCACGUCAGAGAUUUACAAAACUAAACAUAGUAGAUUCUAUAGUAAUAGCGGUAAUAGAUAAUGUUGUAAUGUUUCCAUCUACCUCGCUUUAGAUUUCCCAUUUUCUUCAUACGAACGUUGAGUUUUUCUCGUCAACAUCUGGGUUUAGAGUCCGAGGUGUUUCGUCAGAUCAGGUAAUUAUUUUCUUGUACACGCAGUACCAUAAUUGGAAGGCAUCACGGAUGGGUUCAGCCGGGUGGACGGGGGCGGUGCUCAUAUAGAUUUGGUCAUGGUUUAGGGGUGCCACCGUUGACUAAGUGCGUGAUCACAAUAGAGGAAGCUACGUCAGCACGGCACUAGUCCGUAGUCUUGCUCGACAAUUUCACAAUCAUGUUACUAUCUCAUUUUGUCUCUAAUCUACUGUAUUUUGUUUUGUAACUGCCUUUCCAAAUCCCCAAAUGGAUUUGAUAACGAAAUUGCCACCCCCUCGCACCCCCUUUGCCAGGCUAUAGGUGGCGGUGCAUGCACACAACCCUGCACUCACACCAACCCUAGUAACUCUAUGCCUGUUAGGAACAGUACAGUACACCAGUUUGGUCAUGAACACUAUGAUGCCUUAACUUCAAUACGAUGAAACAAAUACCGGUUUGAAAUAUAUCUAAUCGUUUUUGUUUUCUUUUGUAAAAGAACGUAGGAUCACCAAUAGUAAGAAGCUUUAAACAGCAAAACAGAGAGUAUAUUAAAAAAUUAAACAAGGUUUGUUUCACGUAUUGUUCGUGUAUUUAUCCUGUACAUUGUAUGUACCGUACGUCUUUCUAGAGGCCAGUAAGGGCCAUCUUUGCUGUUUUAGGUAGAACGAGACUUACAGUAAGGCACUCGUCUCGCAUGUAUAACUGACGAAAGUUUAACAAUUUCAAAUUAUAAAAUAAUUUAAGUGGCCUCCAGUUCGUUUGGCUUUGAACUUCUUUCGAUGAUUUAUCCCAAGCAUAGUGAUAGAUAAUCCGUGCUGCCCUGAUGUGGAUCCUAUCCAAAUUGUCAAUUGUCGUUUUCCCAGCAGAUCUCCAAGUCAGAAUUCCCUAGGUUAUUGAAGGCAGAUGAAAGUUGGCUAUAGAUAUUACUGGUCAAACGAGGAAAAUCUCUAUCAACUCUCAUCAGAAUUUGUACCAGCUGAACGUUGAUGAGAGUACAUGAGAACGUUGAUGAGAGUACAUCAGCUCUCAUUCUCGUUUGGCGGGUCUACCUACCACUGUAACACCACGAGACACCUUCUAAACACACACACACUUCAUUUUGAGUAUCUAUAACAAACAUCAAUUUGAUUUUUCCAAUCUUUAUUCCAGCCCAAACCGGAGUCAAUUCCUUAUAAAUUAGCUUUAGAAAAUCACAAUACGUUGCUGAGUUCAACUGAAAGUAGGGAAACAUUAACGAAACAGGUUUGUAUGUUACACGUGUAUUACAGGUGCAUGUGCUAAAAUAGCAUAUUAAUACAGUUUUGAGUUUUGUGUGCAUUAUUAUAUCAUGGAUAAUAAAAUAAAUGGAUAGGAAACUAGCUGACGUGACCUAAUGUUUUUACUGGGAUUGAUGGCGUGGUUGGAUGCCUCAACCUAGUUGAAAAUCAAAUUCUCAAAAACGGCAUGUUUAGCAAUAAUACAGCUAAACAUUUUAGUCAAAGAGCAAAUAAAUGUAACCACGCCAUUCUACGAUGAAAACUCUAAGUAUUCCCAGUCAAUUUUAGCAAAUAUUUCAAGCACUAAACAGUGAAAAAUACAUCGCAAAUUUCGUUAAGAUUUGUGACGCCAAUUUCGUAGCUACAAAUGUAAAAAAAUACAAAACAAAGACGAAAAACAUUUACCUUGAAUACUUUGUCGUGGCUUACGCAUGUUUUUAAAACAAUUAGACCAGUUUACGCUUCACGAUCACCCUUUUAAAGUGGAAAAUAUAGCAAAACAACAAAUAUGCCGAGAACUUUGGUAACAUUCGCAAUACGCGUGACGUCACGUUUUUCAACAAGGAUGCAGUCAAUGACGUCAGAAGUUUCCAAUCCAUUUAUUUUAUUAUCCAUGAUUAUAUGAACGAGUGCAAUAGGCCAUCUGUGGCUCAGUUGGUUAGAGCGCUAUAGAGGGCCUAUAGUUGUAUUUUUCACAACUGCUCCUGGUUUGGUUUGGUUUAGUCAAUGUAUAAAAUUCCACUCGAAACUGAGAUGCCCCAAAUCCGAAUCAUCAUCAGUGCAAAUAAUAUAUUUUCACCAGAGAAAGCAAUUAUUAUUGUCUCGCCAUCCAAACGUGAAAAGAACUUUCUGUUCUUUCUUUUACCUGCAGGCAUCUUUGAAUCUUGCGAAAAUUACGAAACUAGAACAGGUACAGUAGUGAUGUACACAUAGAUUUCUGGGUUUUUUUCAAUCAUAAAGAUUACAUAAAUCUUUCGUCAUUGUUCUCGACAGUGGUGCAACUUUACUUUUUUGACCACUCUUGCCAGUUGGACAAGAAAAUUAGUUGCCAUGAAUAAAGUUCACUUGCCGUCAGACAAUGGGCACUGGGAUACCUAGGUAGGGGGUAUAAAUUAAGGGGACAACAUGUUGACCCGUUCUUCCACUGCUCUAUAUGGCUACAAUGUUAUAAUGCCUCAGAUCUAGCUUUGGCCCACGAAAAACAAAAUUUGAAUCAAGUACAUGCACUAUGAAAAAUUUAUAUCCGCCAAUGAAAACAUAAACUUAAAGAUUGCCAGCUUUUUGUGGCAAGGCAACUUGCCCAAUCAGGCAAGCAAGAUAAAACGUGUACUUGCCCGUCACGAAUAUAUAUUUGGUAUAUAUAUAUGAGAUGAGCAUGUUCAUAGGCAUACUGGAUUUGGUGUAUGAGCAUGCUGCAUGAGUAUACCGGAUUUUUGUAGGUGUAGGAGCAUGCUUAUGUGUUCACGAGUAUACCGGAUUACCACAUGGCCAAAAGGUAUACCGGAUUACCACGUAGCUAUAAGGGUUUUUUGUUCUUUACAAAUACAAAAUACUAUAGUCAAAUCUUUUAUCAAAUCUUUGUUCAAUAUCUUAUCUGUUUAAUAUCUAAAGAAAGCCAACAUUAAAGCCAAUAUUAAAUUUCCAUUAAAGCCAGAAAGCCAACAUUAAAGGCAAUAUUAAAUUUUUCAUAUAUAUACUCAUAUACCAGAGUACAGUAUAUCCAAAUAAUUUCUGUGUAUAUGAAGAUGUGUUGACUUUUUCCCAUUUAACAGGCUAAAGAACACUGGUUACUGGAAGCUCAGCUACUGCAAAUUAAAUACGAAAAAGAGCACAAGG